AGGAGUUUUAAUACACUCGUUGUGUUUUAAAAGGUGUAUAUUUCUGUUGGGAGUUGUCUGUCUCUCCUACCACCUCUUUGACCCUUUAAUGAUGGACUCCUCAUGAGUUUGGUGCAAAGUGACCAAAAGGAAGAGAAAAAAGAGCCGAUCUUGGAAACUCUGUCUGGUUGCAGUGGAAGUGAGCAAAAACAAUGGGGGUAGUCUCAGAAGAAGCCAUUGAUGAAUUCCUGGAGCUCAUAGAUCAAGUUGAGGAGCCAUUGAAGAAAACAUUUGAGAAUGUCCAUCAGGGAUACCUGAGGGAGCAUUUGAGUCGUUUUCUGAAAGCACGAGACUGGAACGUAUGUAAAGCAAAAACAAUGCUGGUUGAGUGUUUGCGUUGGAGGGUUGAUAAUGAAAUUGACAGUAUACUAUCUAAACCCAUUGUGCCUAGUGAGUUGUAUAGGGGCGUACGGGACUCUCAGCUCAUAGGAAUGUCAGGUUACACCAGAGAGGGCUUGCCUGUCUUUGCUAUUGGUGUUGGCCUCAGCACAUUCGACAAAGCUUCUGUUCACUACUAUGUCCAAUCCCACAUCCAAAUCAAUGAAUACAGAGACCGUGUAUUACUGCCUUCGAUGUCUAAGAAGAACGGACGGCCAAUCACCACUUGCGUGAAGGUUUUGGACAUGACAGGGUUAAAACUUUCAGCGUUGAGCCAAAUUAAGUUAGUGACUAUCAUAUCAAGCAUAGAUGAUCUGAACUACCCAGAGAAGACAAACACGUACUAUGUUGUGAACGCUCCAUAUAUAUUUUCCGCCUGUUGGAAGGUUGUAAAACCUCUUUUACAAGAGAGGACGAGGAAGAAGGUUCAUGUGUUAUCCGGUUGCGGAAGGGAUGAAUUAUUGAAGAUUAUGGACAUCACAUCCCUCCCACAUUUCUGUAGAAGAGGAGGAAGCUCUGGGUCGUCUCACCACACUGAGGGCGUAGACUGUUUUUCUUUUGAUCAUCCCUUCCAUCAACAGCUGUACAACUAUGUGAAGCACCAUUAUGAGACACAGGGACAAGCAGAACCUGCAAAGCAAGGAUCAUUCCACGUUGGGUUUCCUGAGCCUGAAGCUGAGAUAGCCAAAACCAUUGAAUCGGAACUGCACAAGUUUGAGAACUGCAAUGGUCUAUGCCAGCCUGCUUAUGACAGAAAAGGAUGUCCAUGAAACACUGUAGGAUGAUGCCUCUGAGGUAACUUCUUUCAGUGCUAGCAGAUCAGAUGAGUGAGCUAUGUCAAAUCUCCCUAGCCAUGCAGCUCUAAAGUGAAGAAAAUAAAAUAAAUGUUCUCAUGGCUUCAUGUAUAGUGUUAUUUGAGCCUCUGGAUAGACAUUUGUACCAAAUUUAUUUUGUGUUUUUGUAAAAUGUAAAACAGAGGCCGAAGAAAUGCACUUCUCAAACUCCCUAAGCAA